AUGAAACUGGAGGAAAUCUUCAACUUGAAGGAUUGUGUUGAUAUUUAUUGCAAGGCCAGUGGCCAGGCCAUAAAAUAUAAGAAGUCUUCUAUGACCUUCGGUCCAAAUGUGGUGGGGCGCUUCAGAAGGUGGUUCUCUCGUAUUCUAAAGAUCUCCUACACUAAAGGUCCAUCCAAGUAUCUGGGAUUACCCAUGGAUUUUGGUAUCUCUAAAGCGGUGUUGUUCCAAGAGCUAGCAGACAAGGUGGGACGUAGGUUUUCGGGGUGGAAGAACCAUUUGCUUUCCCAUGCUGGGAAGGAAGUAGGAGAAGUUGGUCGGGGGAAGAGGUGGUCCAAAGGGCACAAAGAGCGUGUUGUGCGUUCUUGGAUUCCUGCAAUAGCACCAAGGCUCAGCUCCAUCAUAGUAAUCGUGAGACUGAUCAUGGCCGGUGGGGAAGUGCUGGCUAUCCGGGAGGGUCUUCUUGAAGCUAUCUCGGAAGGAACUCUCUCUGUUAUGGUCGAGAGUGAUAAUCUAACUAUUGUUAAUUAUCUCCUUGAUCCACUGAAGGUGCCGGAUCUGAGAGUCUUACCGAUUUUGGAUGAUAUUAGACACAUUUCCUCGUAUCUUGAUGAUUGUACUUUUUCUUAUGUUUCAAGGACUGCUAAUUCCAUAGCAGAUUGCCUUGCCAGGAGGGCCCUAUCUGUUUCGGGAAGGAUGGUUUGGUCCAAUUCCGAUCCCUGUUUAUCUGAAGGUCCUGUUUCAGAUUUCAGGAGUGUUUCCCGUUCCUUGCAAUAG